UUUCCAGGGAGUCUUCCUCCAUACGGCACGUUCCUGCCAGCAGAACCUGGUCGUCUGACUACGGAGGAUCUCCGGCGUGGUGUGGUCGGUAUGCUCCCGUGUACUUCACGGGCAUGCGACCUGACCCACCCACUCCUGACUAUUCCUCAAGGGUAUUCGGGCAAACUAUUCGGCCGGCUUUACGAGCCCUCGCCUUCCCGUACCGGGGCGAUAGGGGGCAGCAAACCAAAAGUAGCCACUCCAGCCGUCGUGGAGAAGAUCGAGAGUUAUAAACAUGACAACCCAACAAUCUUCGCAUGGGAAAUCAGAGAUAAACUCGUGGCAGAUGGAGUUUGUACAACAUCGACCGUACCGAGUGUGAGUUCCAUCAACCGGAUAUUACGUAAUAGGGCAGCGGAGCGAGCUGCAGCGGAGUACGCACGCGCAACGGAACAGGCUUAUCUCCGCGCGUAUCCAGAGUUAUGGUCCGGUUGCCAUGGAUCUCAACUUUUCAAUCCCAUGUCCAUGGCUCGUGCUCUGAGAGCAGAUAAAAUGAAAAGGACGCCAUCUACGUCAGAAAGCAGUCAUUCCCAUUCUGGAAUGUCCGGUCAGACAGGAUGUUGUUCUGCGUCUCCUCCUCCUUCUAUCGAUGACAAUUUCAGAUCGAAGGAAGCAGAAACAUUACCGCCAAAUACCGAAUCAAGAGAGCCGAGCCAAAACGUGAUCCAUGAUGAGAAGAUUGACGAUUCCACAUCCGACGUCGCAUUCGUUCCAUCAUCUUCAUCUUCACACCUUCCUUCAUCGUCGUCGCUUGACCCGUCAUCUUCGCCUUCAUCGUCGUCUUCGUUCUCGAUGGAUGAUUUCGUCAAUAUGAGCCUCCUUGAUUGUCACAAUGCAGCUGCUUCAGCAGCGGCUACUGAGAUGUCAAUGGCUGCUGCGGCGGCUUCGGCAGAACGCAAGAAACUUAGACGCAGCCGCACGACGUUUACGCAAAAUCAACUGGCCGUGUUGGAGAGCGAGUUCGAAAAGACACACUACCCCUGCGUGAAUACGAGAGAGGAGCUGGCGUCCAAGACUAGCCUCUCGGAAGCCAGGGUUUGGUUCUCGAACCGCCGUGCAAAAUGGCGCCGUCACAAGAAAGUGCCCUCUACGGCCAUCCCUCACCAGGUCUCCCUCGCACAUCCCAGCCUUCGGAUGCCACUGUCUUCAUCGUCACCAUCGGUGGCAGCGGUGGGAUUGAUAUCCCAUCCCUACUACCAAUUCUACACCGCCCUCCAGCAACCAGAAUCUUUCAGGCCUAUCGAGCUCGGAGGUUCCAAACUGCUCAAGUCUUCCCGCGUGACGUCAGCCUUCCAACCUGUGACGUCAGAUCUUAUUCACAGUCUCCCUCAUCCUCCUAAACUCUGA